GCUAUUGUUAUAUCAUUAUCAUUGUCAUCGUUCGAGGCCCAUUCGCGCCGGUCCCCACCGUGUCUCGCGGACAUAUCGUGCUUCGACCGUGUGCCGCGCCGAAAUAACGUCGGACCGCCCCCGAAAAAAUCGUCGACGGGUCUCUCGCUGGCAGCGAAUCCGGUGAUACCUGAGAGUGCACGCGCCGCGACAGCUAGCCGGUGCAUUUCGCGCGCGACAGACGAGCUACUCCAAAGCGAUCUCGGGUCAAAGGAUGACGGGACGCAGCGCACCGUCGUCGCGUCGCUGCGCCCUCUGACAGCAAGCGCACGGGGCGGCCCGCCCGUCUGAACACGUGGGAAAUUGCUACUGCACCCGCCGCAAAUUGUACUCUACUUUUUGCCGCCCCGUUUCAAUCAUUCGCCAGUGCGUUUUCUCGUUUCGUAUCCGUUUUACAGUUUUCACGUUGCUACACUUUAAUCGAUCAGGAGCAAAGAUCGAUCGAACGUGAUUUAAAAUUGUGUAUGACAACUAUUCAGUUAGUAGGAAGAAAGUGAGUAAAGUACAGUUGGAUGUUGAACCCUGUAACCAGUCGUCCGUAAAUUAUAAUUUGAGCAUCGUUAGGGAUCGUGUAAGAACAUUGAAUUAUCUGAGGAAAGGAGUAAGGGCCCGAGCAGUCUAAAUUCACAAAGAAAGGUUCAAUCGAUUCGUUUCCUGGUGGCUUUCGUCCCCGUUGCCGCUCGAUUUCUCCGUCCCGGACACAGAGAAAGAAGACGUCGACUGGUCGAUUAGAAUCGAGGGGACCCGAUGACGGGAGGAAGAGAAGGAGGUCUCCGGACUCGACGGACGAGAUGGGCAGGAUUGAUCGGAAAGAGGCUAUGCUUGACGCCUAAUUAAAUCGAUUAGACUUUGGGGUUAAUUGUUCUGGAACGUCAGUUCCCUUGCACGCGCGUCUGUCGCCGCUACCAUCGUCCUCGUUAUUUCGUGCCUUUUCCAAGUGGCGGAUCGGUGCCGGAUCCGAUGAGAUCCAGGCGGCUACGAGAAGAAAUCGCCGAUCGAAACGGAAAUCAGUUAGUCAGUGAGAGUCUAGGCGGAAUUUUCGGUGCUAAGUGACGUCUCGUGUUCGACCACGCCUGGCAUUUCGUAUCGCCGGCCGAACCACCAGUGUCACCCUUUCUUUUUAUCUGUUUUUUCCUCCCAUUCUUCUUCUCCGUUGGUUCUUUGAACGCUGUUCCCGGUCCCCCGUUCCCUUUGCUUUUGUUUCCCGAGGCCGGCGUUUCUAAUCGGUCCUUUUUUUCUACGAAGCACAUCUACUCCGAACGGAUUGAACCGUCCGCGGUCCGGUUGUCAUCGGCAUGUGAGUCAAAGUGAACAACCGGUGUCCAUUGUUGCGUUCCGUGGUCAGUGCUGUGUCUCGUUGACAAACAACGGAUUCUCGUACUUGGAAUCGUGAUUGUUUCUAGUGUCACGUCCUCGGAGACCGGCUUACCAGUACACACAGUGGGUUUGGAUGAUUGCUCAAUUAGUUCUAAACUGGUGCUCGCACAGUGCAAACGAUCCGACCGGUUCGAAAGGUAAUAAUCCGUGAGCGUGCGUGAUCUCGGGUUCAGUGUGCGCGGAGCCGAUCCUGGAAGAAGUUUCGUGUGUCGUACGAAACAGGUGAUAUCAUCUGCCGUGAUCCGACCGAAACAACCGACCGAUUAUGCGGACGAACAGUUGUGAUCGAUGAUUCGCGCGAUCCUCGACGCUCCUGUCUCGCGGAAGCAACCAGCUGGAACUGACGAACGGUGUGCUUCCUGAUGUUCGCCGUAAUUGUUCGACGGUGGAUGGGGUCGUCACGGCCAUAAACCCGAUCAGCUGGAAGGAGAUUCGAAGCCGAUUGAGGAUGUCCUCAAAGAGGAAGUCACCACCAACGAAGCUAUCGGAGGGCGGGGGCGGCACGGGUACAGUGGCAGGCGCCAACGAGGAAGAAGAAGAUACGACUUCAUCGGUGACCGGUGGUCCCGGUGGCGAAGUAGCCGUCGGUGAAGAGGGUUCCACCACCCCUGUCGAUAUCGAGGAGUGUUAUUCUCACCAAAGGGGAGGUGAUUGCGAGUCGUCCGGUUGUUCGUCACCGGCGACCACCAGCGAGCCGGACCUCCGCGACUCGCCAUCGCCAUCGUCGAAUUCCGUGCGAACCAGCAAGCGACAGAGGGUCGUGCUGUCCAACCAAGAUACCCUAACGCCCUAUCACUAUCCUCACCAUCACCACCAUCACCACCACCAUCAUCACCAUCACCACACGAACACAUCUUCUUCGUCGGGUGGUGUCGUGGAACCGGCCAGCUCGUCCGAGUGCGGUUCGCCGCCCACACCUUUAACCGUCGACCCGUACUACCCUAGUAAUCCUCAUCACAACAACAACAAUACCGUGACGCAGAACAACAACAAUAACACUGCUAACGCUACCACAGUGGGUACCAAGAGAUCCAUGGACGACGUGUUGAAAAGGUUAACUUGCAAGAUGAACAGCGAGUCGCUGUCGCUGCAGGACGACACGAGUAACAACAGGCGGACCAGCCCUCCACCCUCGUCCACGCCGAGCGGGCACAACACGCACUGUGGAGGCGUCGCUAGCGUGGCGAACAGCGUGCCACCCUCGCCGCCGGCAUCUGGCAGGAUGCAGAACACGGAAGGACAGGUACAGCAGGACGGGACCUCCGCCCUGCACAGGGUCCUCUGCGCGGAAAGCUUCGCGGAGAAGGAGCGCAGGCUCUCCGAGAUGAUCCUGCAACUGCAGUUGCUCAGGGAACAAUUGCUGCAACAGCAAGAUCAAUCGAAGUCGUAUCCUGCGCAUAUGACCGUCGACUCGCAGAAGCAAAUCGAGAUACAGCGGCUACAAACGGAGCACUUGAAGCGGCAGCAAGAGCACAUCAUGCAGCACAGCAUUCAGGAGUUACAAGCUCAGAUGACAAAGAGCCAGCUGAGCAUGUCGGGGCCGCAAUCCUUGAUGUUCCUGCCAUUUCUCGAACAACUCAGAGGGUUGCCAGUGCAAUCGCCUAUGCCGCCACCGCCGGCUACGUCGACGUCAACCACCACCAACAAACAUAUCAAUUCGAUCGCUAACAUGAUCAGUAGCCACCGGGAAGGACCGAGUUGGGCAACUGCGCACCUUACGCAGAUGUCCACGCAGAUGGAGAAAGAGGCAUCCCCGACGCCGAUUUCAUCUGCGGUGGCACCCACUGCUCCUCCUCUACAAGAUCUCGACGCACCUUUAAACCUUACCAAACCAAAAUCCUCCUCGUCAGGGGCUACGGCAUCCUCCUCGUCGCCUGGAAGUGAUUCCCACUCGACCGGGGCCGGAAGCGGCGGUCAACAGGAGCAACCCCUCGCUGCGACCGCGCCAAAACUCUUUCCACCCGGUUUACCGAUGCCGCGGAAUUAUUUAACAACCCUGCCUUACGGAUCGGGGGGCCUGCCACCGCAUCUAUCUCCGAUGGGUAAGGUAAUGGCCAAAGACGAAGUUGCUGGACCUGGAGGUUCCGUGGCAGCUGCAGCGGUCGCUGCCGUUGAAAAACACUUCGCGAUGCAUGGCAUUUACGCGAUACCACCGAGCGCUGCGAUGCCCCCGUCGCCGCAGACUCAACGACCGAUGAAGCACUCAAGUUCCCGAGAAGAGGCUGCGCAAGAGGAACAGGAUUAUCUCUCGACGCCUCAUAUGUGGCGGGAACCGGGUUACAAGGUACCGGAAGACAUAACGGAGAAAGCUAAAAUGGUGAGGCAGCAGAAGAGGGAGGGUGAGAACAAGCCACAUAUCAAACGGCCUAUGAACGCGUUCAUGGUAUGGGCCAAGGACGAGCGUAGAAAAAUUCUGAAAGCUUGCCCGGAUAUGCAUAAUUCAAACAUUUCAAAAAUACUCGGCGCUCGAUGGAAAGCGAUGUCGAACUCCGAGAAGCAACCGUACUACGAGGAACAAUCCCGACUGUCGAAGCUUCACAUGGAAAAGCACCCGGAUUACAGGUACAGGCCGCGACCGAAGCGGACCUGUAUCGUGGACGGCAAGAAGAUGCGGAUUUCCGAGUACAAGUCGCUGAUGCGGCAACGGCGGCAAGAAAUGAGGCAGCUCUGGUGUCGCGACAGCGGACCCGAAAUGAGUUUCCUGUCUCCGGUCGGCUCGGACAUGAGCUCUCAACACCAUCCAGGAUCGGGAGCCGGACCGUCGGCAAAACCAUCUGUGUCGCCCCCGGCCACCAUGCUAAACGGCGGCGGAGCCGGCCCGAGUUCGGAUCAUCCAUCCUUUUACUACCCGCAAGACAGCCUAUCGCCUACGGAUAUGAUGAAUUUCUCGCCGGAGAACUCCGGUUCGAUCGGUGGCUAUGACGCCAGUCCACGGCAUCACGACGAGGAUUGAACCGCGGCUCCGGGUCAGCCGCUAUGGCCGCCCGGAGCAUCAUCGUCAUCAACGUCAACGUCGCGACUCAGCCACGAAUUAUUCUGGUAAAAUGUCUCCGAACUCUGGUGGUUCAACGUGUACUAGUUUACGCCGUGUGAACAACGUAUAGAGUCGUCGGGUAUGAACGUUCUCCAAGAGUGAUCGAGCGUUUCGAAGCCUCGCUCAUUGAGGUUGUGAUAUACUAAUCGAUUCAAUUCUGUGCCAUCGUACAACGCGUAGAGGCCCCGAGUACUGGUUCUUUGAAUACCGUCGUCGUGUCGUCUAACGUAAUCGUUACGACGCUCGGAGCUCGAGCACGCAAGUAAGGAAUCGUGCGCAUCCAUGGACCACACGAAGUUUAAACUUUAGAACAGUGCGAUGAUAUGAGCAGGUCGACCACUUCCUUCAUUGCCUGUUACGUGCGACUAACUGUUCGGAGAACAUCAGUGAACAUCAGCGGGGUUGAUAGCGGCAGACGAGGUUGAUCGUUUCCUGCUUAGUUAUAUUAUUACCGAAGUGACGAAAUGAGAUCGAUAGACCUUUAGUCCACGAUGGGCAAAAGAAUAAACACAGCGACUGCACGAACGGAUUCGAUGUCUACCGCGUUAGUGUAAUCAAAAUCAAGACGGCGAAAUCUACGAUGAUAAGGUCUGAUCGUCAUUGAGUAACAUUCUAGGUAAUGAUAUACAGGCGUAUGAAUAGAAUUCUCAAGAAGUUAACGACUCGCGUGUAAAAACGCAUGCCGGUAUCCAUCCCGCGAGUGUCUUCCGUAUGCGGGAACGAUAUGAAAGUGGGAGAGAGAGAGAGAGAGAGAGAGAACGAUAGGAUUAUACAUAAAUAAAUAAAAUGAAUAAAUAUAAAUAUAAAAAAUAUAUAUAUACAUAUUAUAUAUAUAUAUACAUACCUGAUUUUUCGUAAGACUGCCAUGUGUCACGUGUACGCGCGCGCCAGGAGGAUUGAUCCGAUGCAAUCAGCAGCGCAGAUGGUUGAUCGAGCUUGGUUUGAAAUUGUGUGUCGAACACACCGCGCGGAGACGUUCGCGACACGUACAUAUUUCGGAUGUGCACGUGCGAGUGUGUGUACGAAAAUUAAAAUACGGUGAGAGCGGCCAAAAAGUCUUGUUCCUAUUCCUUCUAGUGUGUGUGUAUGUGUGCAUGCGUGUGCCUCUCUGAUGAUACACCAUUCCGAUUGGUCGUGUCGAUACGCGAGAAUAUGAAUGCACAAAAUUACGCAAUGAAAUUUAAACGCGAAAAGAGAAGACGAGGGAACGAAAAAGAGAAAGCCACGCUGUCCGUUUGUCUCGCACAUCUUCAAGUAUUUGAAACAAACGUUAUUAGAUCGUAUGUAAUGUAUCCCACGUUCACGGUGGACACUCAAUUUUUUCUGCAUUCUCAUGCAAUCGGUCGCUGAUACAUCCUGUAUGCCGCAGGAGCUCUAAGAAGAAAAGGUUCGAAUCCUGUAUUCCGUCACGCGAUUCGUGCGCUCGAGUCGUAAUGUGUGUUGAUCACUUGGUUUCACGUCUAAAACACACGUACUUGUACUUAUAGUAUUUUUUGCAAUUAAUUUAUGGGCACUAACAUUAACGAUGAUUAGCCGACAGCAAGAAGACGGAAUGAAUUUACGGCGGAAUGGGAGCGAGCGUGAAACAGACCAGGCGAAGAGAAUUUUUCGAUUGUUUCUUUUUUUUUUUAAUAAAGAAGAAACCAAGUUUAAAGAGAAGUACACUGUUUCGAAAGGGAAGGAAGUAUGUAUGUGCGCGUAGGUGUGUGUGCGUAUAGAAAGAAUGGAAUUAUGAAUUAAAAGAGAGAGUGGCACGCGUGACAUCAAUUUUUAGUACAAUGUUACUGUAUAAAAUUACGGACGGGGGAAUUAGCGUUAUUUAUUGUAAACGAUGUAAACGAACGAAUAAUCAAAUUCUAAUACGA